UAUUUACUUGUUGGUUGAUCUGUAGGGUGCUGUAAGGGGCAAUAACCUUGCAAACUCAACUUGCCAUGAUGUAUGGACUGAGUACCAUGAUAUGGGCAUGGCGGGUAUCAAAGCUGUUGCAGAUUACAAAGCUUACACGGCUGGAUCAGUACUGGAUCUGCUUCAUUUUGUUGCCCCGAAGAUGAUGAAGCGUGGCAGUGCUCAUUUUUCGUAUGGAAUUGCUGACAAUUUGGAUGACAAAAAAUAUGAACAUUACAAAUAUUGGUCAAACCCCUUAGAAACAAAAUUACCAAAUGCUUCUGACUUGGAGAUUUUCUCCAUGUACGGGGUUGGAAUCCCCACUGAAAGGGCGUACAUUUACAAGUUAAGUGCUGCCUCUGAGUGUUACAUUCCAUUUCAGAUUGACACCUCAGCCGAGGGUGGGCAUAACUGCAAUUGUCUAAAGGGUGGAGUUUUUUCCAUUGAUGGAGAUGAAACUGUUCCUGCCCUGAGUGCAGGUUUUAUGGCUGCAAAAGGCUGGCGAGGAAAAACCCGAUUCAAUCCUUCGGGUAUUCCUACUUACUUAAGGGAAUAUAAUCAUGCCCCUCCUUCAUAUCUUUUGGAGGGCCGGGGAACUCAAAGUGGUGCUCAUGUCGAUAUAAUGGGGAACUUUGCACUGAUUGAAGAUGUUAUAAGAGUGGCAGCAGGAGCUACUGGAGAAGACUUGGGAGGAGAUCAAGUUCACUCUGAUAUCUUCAAAUGGUCUGAAAAUAUCAACUUACAACUCUAAUACUCAUUGAUUAACUGAUUAACGAACCAGGGAAAGCAGUGACUCAGUGAUGUGAAUUUGUAUUCGCGUUGAAACCGGAGAAAUCAAAUAAUGAGCUGCUGGCAGGGCACCAAGGCUUUUAUGAUGCUUCGUAAUUUUUUAUUUUUUAUUAUUUUGGGAAGCAUGGAAUUGGCAUCCCACUUAUAUUCACCCCAGAAAUUUUAAAUAAUCCACUAAUUAUUUAUUGCUGAAGUAAUGAAAUAUGUUAGUGUAUGUUGUCCUUAUCUCUGAAGUAGUUAUGAUUUUAGAUUGGUCUGCUUAUAGAAAUUGGAGAAUUUCAGAGCGAUGUUUUGUGAAUGGAUAGAACUUAGAAGUCAUUUGUUCAAGAUAUUAUUGAUAAUAAAGUUAUUAACACAUC